CGAAACCCUAGAUAUUGAAUCGAGUGAGCUGUCAUAUUCAUAGACGUUUUGACCGAUUUUGUACGUAAACUGAGGCACGCCUAUCUUAAUUUAAAAUUAAAACAAUGUGUUCAAGACAGUGAUAUAAAACAUCAAUUUAUAGCAAGGACUACUUUAUUUUAUGGUUAAUUUUGAGUGAACGUACUUACCUCUUCGUUUUAAAAACUUUUUCAGUUAUCACAUUUUGCAAUUGCCGGGUGCAUUUAUAAAAGCAGUGAUUAUAUUUUAUAUGUGAACUGAAGCCUGUGAUUUGAACAAUUUUGUGCAUUUUUCGUUGACUUUUAGGUAUAAACAUUCAAAAAUAGAUACCAAUAUGUCACAUCUAGUUACCAGUGUCGUAGAAAAAUACAACGAUAUAUUAGAGCAUGGAGAUCCUAGGGUGGAAGGAUGGUGGAUGAUGGAUAGUCCAAUACCAACUCUAUUUAUAUGUAUGUUCUACGCAGUUUUUUCCAAAGUGAUAGGUCCUAAAUUAAUGGAAAAUAAGAAACCAUUUGAUCUUAGGGACGUUUUAAUAGUAUACAAUUUUCUACAAACUUUAUUUAGUAUUUGGUUAAUGUAUGAAUAUUUAAUGAGUGGAUGGUGGGGCAGCUAUAGUUUUCAGUGUCAACCUGUAGAUUAUUCAAAUAAUCCCGUAGCUUUAAGGAUGGCAAGGACGUGUUGGUGGUACUAUUUCUCGAAAUUUACGGAGUUCUUCGAUACGCUUUUCUUUAUUUUAAGGAAAAAAAAUAGUCACGUAUCCACGCUACACGUCAUCCACCACGGUUGUAUGCCAUUCUCAGUAUGGAUGGGAGUUAAAUUUGCUCCAGGUGGCCACAGUACAUUCUUUGCCCUAUUAAACACUUUCGUUCAUAUUAUUAUGUACUUUUAUUACAUGAUUGCUGCCAUGGGUCCAGAAUACCAAAAAUACAUCUGGUGGAAGAAGUACCUGACUAGUUUACAACUUGUUCAAUUCGUCGCUAUUUUCACUCACCAGUUCCAACUUAUGUUCGUUGAGUGUAAUUAUCCAAAAGCGUUUAUGGUGUGGAUCGCCCUCCACGGAAUCAUGUUCCUAUUCUUGUUCUCCGACUUUUAUAAAGUCAAGUACAUGGGCCCGAAAAAGGCUGUGAAAAGAAGCGAUAACGGAAUUUGUAUGCCACUUCUUGAAGAAGAAAAAUCAAACGGCGUAACAAAAUCCAGUAGUAACGGAAGCGCAAACAACGGCUACAUCAAAAGUGAAUUCUCAGAAUCAUACGAAGGUUACGCGAACGGAAGCACAAAGGGAUUCGUUACACAAUCUAUAACCAAACCAAACAACACCAAGAAGAUAGAGUAGAUAAGAUCAAUUGUUUUUGUUUUUAAUUUUACCUAGGUUUAAUAUUUAUAUAUCAAUUACAUCAAAUGAUUUUGUAACAAGACCUGGAAAUUGCUACUCAAUAAAAUUAAUUUAUAAAAAAAUAGUAUCCAAGAGUUUUUACACAAAAUUAACAAUCCUUUUUAUGUUUUAUAUUGUCUGUUAUUUUAAUGGAGCAAAAAUCUUCUGACAUUUAGGGAACCAGUACAUCACUUGUUUAAUUUUACACAUUUAUUUCUUCCCUGUAGGUACUGGUCUCAAACUUAAAUGUGAUGAUGAUGUGGUAUAUUAGACUAAACAGUACUCUAAAAUGAGACAAAUUGGCCAAGAUUAAGGUAAUUCCCUUUGAAGUGGUAGAAAAACCGACUCCUAGUCACACAUGUAAUUAAGUAGUGAAUCUUGUGUUGAAAGAUGAUAAUAAUUGCAAUCCUUUAAGUGGAAGUAGAAGUCUGAGCAUUUACCAUCACCUACAAAUAACUGGUAAAGAUUUCUACCUCUACAUACACAUACUAAAACAAAAGUUGUACAAGAGAAAAACAUUAUUUCAAACUUCAUUUCUCAUGAUAUACAGAAAAACAUUCGUUGCAUAAUGCUACAUCACUUUUUUGGCAAAUGAGAUCGGUCUUCUUCAAUUUAUUAUUUGAACUGCAAUUAGCGCAUCUGCCUCUACAGUAAGUGCCUUUGAUUUUUGAUUAGUCUUUGUGGACCACUUUUAAUCCGAUUUUUGGAAGAUGAAACAUCCACACGGUUCUUGUUAUUAUUUACUUCUGGCUCUAAGUCACUGUCAGAAAGUACAUGUAUAUCAUAAUAUGCAUUUUAUAUUCGUGGUACAGAUCUCUUCGGUAGAAUAAUCUAUAUCUAAAACUGAAUGGUUAGAAUCUUCAUCAUCGCUUCCUGUGAAAUCGAAAGUUUAAUGAGUUUGUUGAUGACAUUAAGAUGUGUCUGAUGUUACAGCAAUAUAUGAGCUUGAAGUAGAAGCAGUAUUUGUGCAUGAAUUAGAUCCAGUGAUGCACUUAGUCAAAGAGGGUAUAGGUAAAAUAUUGUCUUCUGCAUCAGAAUCACCUUCAUAGUUGGACAUGCAAUAAUUAUCAUCAUCGGUAUCAUCCAUGCCUUUAUUUAUUACUACUACUACUAUUUUCUGCAGUGAGAAGCGCUUGCCAUCGUCUUUUCAUAUUUUCAGUUAUUGGAAAAAACGUUUCUCUCAAUAUUAACCCAGGACAUAUUUUCCCAAAAACUUACAAAAGAUAUCUUAUUUCCAAUAUGUGUUGGCAAAUAUAUAUUUUAUUAUUGCAAAAUAUGUUUCACGAUUUUACACCAAUAUACUUUUUAUUGGCCCAUAUUUCCAUGAAUAAACUAAUAAAAAAUUAAAAUAAAUUAUUAUAACAAUAACAUUGGUAAAGUACCCUACACAAAUGCACACUGGUAGCUAUAUUUACCGCUGAACGACCUUUAGAUUGGUGCAGGCAUACGCGAAACUGGUGUCAGUAUCAGAAACUUAAGAACAGUGGUAGAUAUAGCUACCAAGUGUAAGAACAGUGGAUAACUUAAAGGGUUAAUGGAUCCUUAAUAUGCUUAACCAUAAAAUUAUAAAAUAGUAUGUCAUUUUUAUAUUUAAGUAACAUCUGGUAAACUAAUGUGGCAAUCCAUUUUCAAUCAAGAUUCCCAAAUAUUCAAGUAUAAAAUAUUUCUAACUGUAAGAACUAAAGAGAAGAUACUAAAUAUACAGUAUAGUUCGUUAAUAAUUGGAUCCAUAGUAAUUAUUCAGUUAGUAUUAUCGAAGAUAUAUUCGAACUAGUAUAAAACAUAGAUAUUUGGAACAACAAAGAAGUGAAUAUUUUAUUAAACUGCUUUCUCUGAUACUUUUUUUGUACUAUAUGCCGUAGUGUGUGAAUUAAUGGGAAGACCGAUAAUUUGAAUUAAACAUUUAUUAAGGUUUUGGCUCCAAAAUCUGGUUUAUGGCUCCUAGACUUACACCCCACGCUUUGGUAAUAUCUCUUUAAGCUAUUGAUGUAUACUCACCGAAAGUACUGAUCUAACUGUGCCUUCUAGGAGUAGUAUCUAUCGUCAGAAAUUAUAAGCCAAAAAAUUACUUUACCAAGCCAAAACAUGAUUGUAAAAAAAACCAAAUGCAAUACACCUGCGGCUUGCAUGUGUCAUGCUACACAUAUACAACUGCUGCAAAUGUAAUUUGUGGAAAUUAUGUGUUCACAAUAAUUCUCACAAUAUUAUGGGUAAUGGAGGACUUCUUAAAAAAUACUUGUGUGCGAAUAUUUUUAAUGUGUCAAAACUAAAAUAAUGAAGCAAAUGGAUCUAUUUUACGUUAUUAAUUUAUAUACUUCGUUUAAAAACUAAAAAAAUAUAUUAGAGCUUAAUUUACACAAAAAAAAUUACUUUCAUAAUAGCUAAAUACUAUAAUAUUAUUUCAAUUUCAAAUAAAGCAAGAUCAUCAUAAUGUUUGACUGAAAAAAAAAACAAUGCAGUAGCUGUCAAAACAUAACCUAACGAUAGCUUGCACAUGUCCGGAUUGAAUUUGUAUUGGUAAUUACAGUUCACGUAUAUUAUACUCUGUUUUUUAACCAGGAGGAAUAAACCAAAAAGACAGAUUCACACCCAAGAAAGUUACUAGAAAAGUCACCAAAUACAUCUUCUUUUUUCGUUGAUUAUCUCGGCCUUGCGGUAAUCGAGUAAUCCUUAUCGGUCAACCUCACACGUCAAUUUUAACCUAACUUUAUUAAAUUUAUGUUUGAAUAAUAAAAUAAUUUUUUUCAAUUCACUUCCAAUAUAUAUAUAUUACAAUUAUUACAAUAAAAAAGGACGUUUUUCACAUUUGGUCCCAUGUAUAUAUAUUUAAAUAUCGGGUGAUUCAGUUUUAUAGAUCUCUUGAGUCUAUGGUAUUUAAUUAUAAUUUAGAGAAUAGUUUGAUCGAGAGAAUCAUAUGUUACAGAUCUAAGUAUGGUUUUUCUCAGAAAUUUGUCUUUUAAUAGUAGACCAUAUUCUUAUUCUGGUAUGAUCAAUUUCUUGAAUCUAGUUUGAUUUUCUUACCAGAUACUUUCUAUAAAUAUCUAAGUGUGUAUUGUACUUACAAUUUUUUUAAUGCUGGAUUCUUGUUUAAUUUUGACAGUGAGUUUGUCUCAUUUGUUAUCAACAAAUAUAAUUUACUAAAAAAUACUGGAUUUCUGUGAGAUAAUCAACAAAUACAAUCUAUUAUGUUACAUUCUUGCAUAGUUUUGUAGUUUUCUUGUGAUAAUCUACAAUCAGGAAGAACAAAACCAACUGUAUCAAUACAAUCAAACUAAAACACAACAUUACUUUACUAAUGUUCUUUUAUUGUGAUAAAAACAAAAUGGAAAUGCUUCUUAACAAGUAUACACUAAAUUUAAAGGAUAGUUGCCGUUUUUCUUAUGAUAAUUAGAUAUAAAUAACACAUUUAUAAAUUUAUAAAAACUUUAAACUAUAUUUGGUAUAAAUAUCAUCUAGAAAAAUAUCACAUUAAAUACUAUUAGCAUAUCACCAAGUCCAAGUUAUUACAAACAACUUAAAGAGUCAGAAAUCGAUUUAUAUAUUAGACGAAAAUAAUAAUAAAUAAGUUUCACAAAUGUCAUUAGUGUCAAUAUGUCAUAAUUUAGUGGAGUGAACUUGCCUGCGGUUGGACCAAUUGCAAACAAGCAUUGCGGCGCGGAAAAUUUGAAUUACUCCUGGUUAAAAAACAGACCAUAGUAAUUGACUGAUUUUUUCACUCAUAUGGUAAGCAAAAAUAAACAAGCAAUAUAACAAACAAAAUAAACACACUUGGCACUGGAAUGUCAAUAAAAGUUACAAUACAAUUGUCACUCCUCGAAAACUGGUCAUAAUAAUAAUAAUAUCGCAUGGUAUUUUUGCCGGGGAGAUCCUUUCAUAUAGGUUCCGGCGCCAAUUGCAAUUUUUACCCUAGUAUCGAUGCUCACUACUCCAGGGGGGCCGACGGCUUUAUGUACCCUCAGAAGCACGGUGAACGGCUCGUAUCAUUUUUAGAAAUGAAAAUGUCGUUGUUGGUGUCGAGAUUCAAACUAGUGUGCUCUGGCUUAUGAAACCAAUAUCUUGCCGCUGAGCUACGAACACCAACACUUGUCGUGUUUCAACCAAUCACAACUAAACAAAUACAACGUAGAUUAAACUUAUUCUUUGUAGUUUUUAAAUGUUAAUAAAUAUAUAUACAUAAUAAUGUAUGUAAAAUGUUUCAAGCCGAAUAAAAAGUUCACAAAACAAUGUUUUUGUUGACUUCUUCUUUUUGACUUCAACGGUUUAGACUCAAGUAAACUGCUUAAAUUGUUCGUAUAUGAGCAACAUGUCCAAUUAUUAACGAAUCGUCCUGUAUAAAAUCGAUACUUUUAAAAUCACUUCCAGGUCCUUGUUUUUUAAACUGAAUGUAUGCAACCAUAUCAUCCUUUAAAUCGAAAAUCAUCGCUACCAAAUUUUUCACUUCUCACAUUGCUUGCAUAGAUUCAGUUUUAUCAUGUACCGUAUUGUACUUUGGGUACUAACUUUGUACACGUGUUUUUAUUUGUUUUAUUUAUGAAAUAUUAAUUCGUUUGUGUAAUUGUUUUCAAAAUUAUCUCAGGGUAAUUUGUCUAUCGAGAUAUACGUUGUCUUCGAGAUAUUUUUAAAAUACAAGGCAUUUUGCUAUGAAGAAUGUAAAGGUUUUUAU